AUGCUGCGCGCCUGUUUAUGGGAUCAUAUGACGCUUCCAUACACGCCGCCGUCACCGUGCGUACUCUUCUACCUCGUGCCAGGCGACCCAGUAUGGCGUGUGAGCGUGCCGAAUGCUCGCGGCGAGUACCCAGACCUCGUCCCAGGGCUACCCUACCAAGAAUGGCAUGGCAUGGAGCCGCACUACCUGCAGGAGUACGCGCCGCCGUCGCUGAACAUACACCAAUCGGCUGAGGUUGCAUGGGAGGAGCUACCGACACCACCCUUUGACGACUUCAAGCGUUUCUUGGCAUCAUCGGAGAACGCCGCCGCGAAAUGA